CAGGUAAGUUAACUUCCCUGACAUCUGUGUUUGCUAGCCCUGAGUACGCCCUCGCUCCGUUUCGCUUUCCUGUCUGAUCGAGAAGAAAAGAUUUAGAGGUUUAUUCGACUGACUUAAGAUGAGCAGUUCGGAGGAAGACGAAGACCUCGCGAUCCUACCUCCUCCAGACUUGAGUGACGAACCUGGACCAUCAGGGACAAGAGUGAACAAGAGGAGUGACCUUUCUGUGGUGGACCAGCCGUCCUGCUGUGCUGUGUGUUCAGGCGUCCUAAAGGAUCCAGUGGCCAGCAGCUGUGGACACUGGAUCUGUAGGCAGUGCAUCACUUCACUCGGAGACCAGUCUGCUUUACCACAUGACUCUUCCUGUCCCCUGUGUGGAAAAAGAUCCAAUACAAGACCUGGAAUGGACCUGCAGAAGGUUUUAGAAGAACAUAAAAACAGUCUGAAGAGGAGAUGUGAAUGUGUGAUGGGGGAAACUGAUGUAACAAGAAGUGGAUCCCUCUUCAUCGACACUGAGCUCUACAUCACAGAGGGACUGAGCGAAGAGGUCAAUACCCAACAUGAGAUUUGGCAGCUUGAGACAGCUGCCAAGACGGAGACCCAUGGCACUCCAGUCAAGUCCCGUGACAUCUUUAAAGUCUUACCUGGCCAGCAGAGGGUCAGGGUCAUUCUGACGACUGGCGUUGGUGGUGCUGGAAAAACCUUCUCGGCUCAUAGGUUCACUCUGGAAUGGGCAAAGGAUCUGGAAAACCAAGAUGUCAGUCUGUUGAUUCUGCUUUCUUUCAGGGAGUUGAACCUGAUCAAAGAUGAGCAGUACAGUCUUCUCAUGCUGCUCCGUGUUUUCCAUCCAGCAUUACACAUGCUCACAGCAGAGCAGCUCGCUGUCUGUAAACUUUUGUUCAUUUUGGACGGCCUGGACGAAAGCAGGCUUUCACUGGAGUUUGAGAACAGUGAGGUUGUAUCUGACGCCACACAGAUGUCAUCAGUCAACAUGCUGUUGACAAACCUCAUCAAGGGGAAUCUCCUUCCCUCUGCUCUGGUCUGGAUAACUGCCAGACCUGCAGCAGCCAAUCAGAUCCCUCGUUCAUGUGUUGACAGGGUAGCAGAAGUGCGAGGCUUCACUGAUGCCCAGAAGGAGGAGUAUUUCAAGAGGAAAUGCAGUGAUAGAGAUAUAUCCAGCAAAAUCAUCUCAUGCAUCAAGACAUCCAGGAUCCUGCACAUUAUGUGUCGAAUCCCAGUCUUGUGCUGGAUCACCGCUACAGUGGUAGAGCAGCUAUUGAUUACAGACCAGAGUAUAGUGCUGCCCAAGACCCUGACUGACCUGUACGUACACUUCCUGCUGGUUCAGGCAAAGAUCAAGGAUCUAAAGUUUGAUGAGUCACAUGAGGGGAUGCCACUGCAGCUGAUGAGGGCUGACAGGGAAGUUCUUCUGAAGCUGGGGAAGCUGGCUUUUGAACAUCUGGGGGGAGGAACCUCCAUAUUCUACCAAGAAGACCUGGAACAACAUGGUCUUGAUGUCACAGGGGCCCUAAAGGACUCAGCAGUUUGUACAGAGAUCUUCAAAAGAAAGCGUCUGAUCUUCCAGAAAACAGUGUAUUACUUUGUUCAUGAGAGCAUUCAGGAGUUUCUGGCUGCUGUCUACGCUGUCAGCUGUUACCAAAAUGCAGAAGUACAGAAGGCUUUCCUCAGUGAUUCAUUCAUUGUUGAUGAUGAUUCAUCCAUGGUUGAUGAUGAUUCAUUCAUUACUGAUGAUAACAGCGAUGAAGGCGACGACGAAGGCAAUGGCGAUGAUCAUGACAGGUCCAACAGACUUGGCCCAUCACUGGAUGUCUUUCUCACAAGAGUCAUGGACAAAUCCUUAGAGAGUGAAAAUGGCCACCUGGACGUGUUUGUUCGCUUCAUUCAUGGCCUCUUGAGCAACAGGCUCUUAAGAAGCCUUCUGAUUCAUAUAGACAGCAGUCCAGAAAUCAUCAAGAAAAUCAUCAGAAACCUCAAGAAAAUGAACAUAGAUGAAAUCUCUCCUGACAGAAGCAUCAACAUCUUCCCCUGUCUGAUGGAAAUGAAUGACAGCUUAAUUCAUCAGCAGGUCCAAAAGUUCCUGAAGUCAGAAAACAUAUCAAAGAUUAAACUUAAUGAGCUUCAUUGCUCUGCUCUGGCCUAUCUGUUGCUGUUGUCAGACGAGGUUCUGGAUGACCUGGACCUGAGCAAGUACAGAACAUCUUCAAGGGGAAAACAAAGACUGAUUCCGGCUGUGAGGAACUGCAGGAAGGCUCGACUUUGUCGCUGUGACCUGUCAACCAUACAGUGUAAGACUGUGGCCUCAGCUUUAAAAUCCAACCCAUCCCACCUGCGAGAGCUCGACAUGAGCUCAAAUUAUCUGGAAAAUUCAGGAGCAAAGCUGCUGUCCGCUGGUCUGGAGAGUCCACACUGUAGACUGGAAACUCUAAGACUUGAUCACUGUGAAAUAACAGGAACCGGCUGUGCUUUUCUGGCCUCAGGUCUCAGGUCCAACCCCUUCCAUCUGAGAGAGCUGGACCUGAGUAAUAAUAAGCUUGGGGAUUCAGCAGUGAAACUGAUUGUGUGUGAUUUUCUGGAGAGUCCAAACUGUAGACUGGAGAUUCUGAGAUUGCGUUUCUGCGGUUUGUCAGAGUUCAGCUGUAUUUCUCUGGGCUCACCUCCUUACUUUUUUCCCCAUCAUCUGAGGGAGCCGGACUUGAGUAAAAAUAGGCUGUAUGAUUCAGAAUUGAAGGAGCUGUGUUCUUUUCUGGAGACUCCACGCUGCAGACCGGAGGUUCUGAGGUUGUCUGCGUGUGGGAUCACACAUGAAACGUGUUCUUCUCUGGCCUCAGCUCUCAAGUCCAACCCCUCCCACCUGAGAGAGCUGGACCUGAGUAGAAACAAGUUGAAAGAUUUGGGAGUGAAGCUGCUGUGUGUUGGACUGAAGAGUCCUCACUGUAGACUGGAGACUCUGCGGCUUCAAAGGUGUGGGCUGUCAGAGACCAGCUGUGCUUCUCUGGCCUCAGCUCUGGAGUGCAGCACUUCCCGUCUGAGAGAGCUUGACCUAAGUGACAACAAGCUGCAGGAUUCAGAAGUGAAGCUGCUGUCUGAUCUCUUGAGGAGUCCACAUUGUAGACUGGAGACUCUCAGGUUGUCAAGUGCUAAACGUCCGCAUCGCACGUUGACUUUAGCCCAGAAGAUUAGUGAUCUGGAGAGGGAGGACAGAUCAGAGUCUCCAGGAUCCAGUUGUGACCAGAUUCAACACAUAUUUGCAGCCUUCAAUGAUGAACCAGGACCCACAAACACAAUACUGACGGGUUACACCACGUCGGACAGUCUUUUUGACCAUGACUGCGUGAUGUCACCAGAGGAUGAGUGGUCCCUAUACUAUGGUUUUAAUCACCCAGCAUAUCCGUCCACUUCGAAUACAAACCUCGAUGUGCCUGAGGCCGGCAGAGAGGAGGAUGUGGAAGAGGAGGAGGAGCAGCUUGUUGCUGGUGACGCCGAUAGGUUGAAGCAGCAGCAGCAGGCGUGUGCAGACGUUCUCAAUUCAAAUGAUAAGACCAGUUUCACACCUGAGCGGCUGACUCACUCUGGAAAAACUGCAUACAGGUUCAGGUGUCCUGGUCCAGGUGUGUUCCAGUGUACUUCGACAGAACUGGUGUUUGUUAUGGCUCAGGAGGCGGAGCUGCUGUACAGGACAGUUCAGUGGGAUGAGCGCCUCCUCCAGUCAGCUCAAAAGGUGCCAGCGGGGCUGCUGUUCCAUAUAAAGUGUUCAAAGGACGAUGCCGUUUGUCAGCUCCACCUGCCACACUGUGAAAUUAUGGAUGCUUCACUGCCUGAAGGCCUGCUGUCUGUCGUCCACAUCACUGACGAUGGAAUGAACAUCCUCCAGCCGCUCGAGAUCACAGAAACUCACGUGGUUGUAACAGUCUCUCACUUCUCUGCCUUGGGCAUAGUGAGAAGUUUUUUUAAAUGGCUGUUGAAGAAACCAGUUAAGGGCCAAGUUCUGCUGUAUCUCGGACAACCAAACCCAAAAACACAAAGACGGAAACUCAAUGUGUUUUUGCUGCCGAGGAACAUCCACCUGGACGAGGUGAGCGCACAGCAGCGACAUACAGAGAACAUCGAGGCUCCUUCCGCAUGUAAACUCAUCACAGAUCAGAGUUACACUCUGCACUGUCCUCAGGCCAUUAAAAUACAGCCUAGGAAAGCAGAUUUCGACCUGGAUUUUGGACCAAAUUACCACCCGACGUUUGAGAUCCGACUGCCCACAAACACAGAGGAAGUGACUGUAACGGUCAGAGACCAUGGACUGCAGGUGAUCUGGGAGCAUGACGUUGAUCUGACAGAUUCAAGAAGAAAAUCUCUACGGAGGGAUGCCCCGACAGAGGACCCGGUCCCGGCAGAGGACCCGGUCCCGGCAGAGGACCCGGUCCCGGCAGAGGUCCCAGUCCCAGCAGAGGUCCCGGUACCGGCAGAGGUCCCAGUCCCAGCAGAGGAGAGGCUGCUCUUAGCUCGGACAGAGUUUGUACAGCGAGUGUCUGGCCCCAUUCUGAGCAACCUUGUGGAUAAACUCCUUGAGCAGGGCGUUAUAAGUGAUAAUGAAAUGCAGUCGGUCAAAUCAAAGGUCACGCCAGAAAAAGCGCGAGACGUGAUUGACACGGUGCGAUGGAAGGGAAGUCAGGCCAGCUCGGCCCUGAUCGCUGCUGUCCGUAAGGUGGAUCCAUACCUUUCCAAAGUGCUGAACUUCAGCUGAAGCAAAAGAAAGAAACUGCUGGCUGUUUUAGGGUGUAUUCACCAGGUGCGAUCUGAUUGGCUGCAGAUAAUUUCCUGUUGGAAAAAAACAAACGCACUUGGUUGAGCUACAUCGGGGGAGUCUCAAACCCAUUGCACUGUGUACAUGAAUGUAAUGAGGUCCAAAUAUUUUACUUCAUGGAAACUGCCAACACUUUUAAAUUAGUUUAUUUGUACAUUUAUACUAUUUGUAUGUCCAUCCGACAUACUUCAACCUUAUUAUGUUUUACAUUUAUAAACAACAAAUAUUUUGGAAUCUG